AUGGAUCCUCCUGGCCAGCUUGAUCUGAAUGCGGCUGCUUCAACGGACUUCUUUGAACGUCUUGAGCCUAACCUCAAAUCCGACAUUGUCAUCACUUGUGGUGAAAAGUCGUGGAAUGUCCACCGGUGCAUUAUCGGCCUGCGAAGCAAAUGGUUUGAGAAAGCCCUUGCAGUCAAGUCUGGGCUGGGACCUAUCCCAGAGACUAUGAACGUUUCGAAUUUCGAUCCUCAGAGUAUUGAGUGGAUGUUAAAAGCCACGUACCUCGGCAAUACGUCCUUUCUCGAAGGGCAGCUUCGAGAUGACAAGAAGGUCCACGCAAUCUGUGUGUUGCUAUACAUACUGGGCGACUACUUCGAAAUCACGUCGCUGACCAUGAACGCGUGCGAGCUCUUGAAUACCCACCAUGUCCGCAAGGCAGUCGCUUUUCAGCGAAUGUACUUCCGCAGACAACUCGUAAGAGCUGGGAUAGCCGACUUGGCUGCUGAAUUCUACAGCGAAGAGUUUUUCAGCCAGGCCAAGAUCGCAUAUACGUAUGGAUCGCCAAGAUUUAACAAGCUGCGAUCCUGCUUCAUUCUGUUCUUUCGGCUGACUCGGUUCCUGCCUCUGCUGGACGAUUCCCUCCAUAACAGACUCCAAGCUGUCCCGAGAUUUGCUGCGGACGUGCUGCGACAAAUGACCACGAAGUCAUGUGGCCCAAUGAUCCCUCACAUUCUCCCAGACAAGUGCUUCAGUUGCAACGAAAGGGUCCUCACUGGCAGAAAAGAGAACCUCUUCACGACAACCUCGUUUCACUGCGGCCAUGAAGGGGUGGCGUGCGGCGGCAGUGGAUUUUGCGUCAACUGCGACCAGCUAUGGACCGACGCGCAAACCUUCCAGGCCAUGAUGAGGGGAAAUAUCUUCUAA